AUGCAACCCCAUGUGCUGGAUAUCCUCGUGGAAAGAGUCAAAAGCUACUCACAGGAGCAGAUUACUCGACUCUAUCGAACCCUCCUAGCCUUACACGAGGAACGACUCGCCCUCAAUGCCGACAACAUCACCAAGGUCUACCUUCGAAUCUGUAGCGAGGAUGGCUUCCAAGGCGAUAGCGAGGAGGACACAUGUGGAAUGUGGAUCAGGUGCCUCAUUCUUAUGGACAGUCACAUCCCGCCGCACAAGAAGUUCUUCCAAGUUCUCGAAAAGGCAAACAUACAAUUAGUGACAGAUGAUUCAGACGAAGAAGAGUCAGAAGAGGAGAAAGACGACGACUAUUCGGAUAUCCACGCGAGAAGAGAAGGUGACAGUAUUGAAUCUGUGGAUGAGCAAGAUCCACGUUGGCUUCAGGCGGUUGCGCUUGACCAUUUUCGACUCAAAAGCCAGGCACUCUCUUUGUGGAGGGAGACCGUCAAACAGCCAUCAGUCAAUGACCUGGUCGUGCAUAUUGAACCACCCCACGGCGUUCAUGGCGGAGGCCAGGAUGAGGAAGAGUACAGCGUUGAGAAACUUGCCGAACUAGAAGCGGUAGCGGAUCAAUUCCGAGACGGAACUCUAAAGCAAAAGGCAUUGUCUCACUGGAGAGUCGUGACUGCCGAAUACAUGGAACAAGAGAGAAGAGCCGACAGUUUUCGAAGGAAAAAGGAUACAGAGAAUGUGCUUAGCAAGUGGGUUCUGGCUGAGCGUGAGGUUGUACUUGUGCAGGUGCGGACGGCAAACGCAGCUCAGAAGGCUCUCGAUUCCUGGCGUCGGCAGACAAAAGAGCUCCAACAGCAGGAGAAAAUAGCUGACGUUGCUGCCGAGUAUUUUGCUGGCAGGCAUGCAUUCCAGGCGAUGCGUGGGAAGGCACAGGAACGACUUGAGCAGCUGCAAGAGGAACAAGAAUUCAAUAAGGCUCGCCAAAGGUAUCUCAUCCAGAAGUAUCUCUCUAUAUGGCUGGAGCGUGUCGAGCAACGUGCCAAGGAAGGCCUGUACCAGUCAGCCUACAAGACAAUGCGGAGAAAGGUGAAGAUGAAUCUCGCUCGUGAUGCUAUUAGAACCUGGCAUUCACAGGCGAUGGAGGAGAAAGCGAAACUCGAAGAGAUGGCGAGGAUGGCUGAUGAAUUCCGCCAACGUAAAGACCGCGAAGCAGCGCAGCGCAUGGCUCUUGGUGCUAUUCAUGCCAUGUAUGAACAAGGUAUGGAUGGCAAGCGACUGGAGCAAGAUGCCGACCAACAUUAUCACCGCACACUCAUCAACAGGUUCGGGCUCUGGGACUCCAGGUGGCGAGCACCUGCGAUGGAAUACAAAGAACACGAGAACACUGCAGACAAAUAUCGAGAACUCAAAGACCUUGAGUUUGCCGGGAACAAACUUCGAAAUUGGAAGACUCAGGCCUGGAGACACCAGAGAAUGGAACAAGAUGCUGAUGUCUUGCACCAACGACAUGACAAGAGACGAGCUGCCGGCUUUCUCCAACGCUGGAGACAAGCAGCUGCCGAUCAUCGAAGUAACGUCGAGGCUAGAGAAGAGCGGGAUCGCUUGGUACCCGCAACACCUGCGGCUAGAAGGAGUCUGUUGGUUGCCACAUCCACCACGCCAGCCUACACACCAGCGCCUGGUCUGUUGGGUGCCGGGUAUAUCGAAGAGGAAACCGAAGACGACGUCGAAGGCGAGACCGACUACGAUGAAUGA